AUGGGUGGCUGGCGUGUGUGGAUGGCACGCGGCACGGGGCACUGUGCACGGGGGCGGCAGAUCAUGGCGGAGUUCCUGCUGGUGCUGGAGACGAGCGCCGUCACCUUCUCUGUGGCCGGCACCGUCAAGGAGGCCGCCACCAUCCUCGUGUCGCAUGCGGUGUUUGGCGACCGAUUCACGCGCAUCAACCUGCUGGGCAUCCUCAUCAUCAUGCUCGGCGUCUCCCUCUUCAACCUCUACAAGGUGUCGCGCAACAAGGCACGUGAGUCUGACGGCCAUCUGGUGCACACGCUCAGCGAUGCACCCCUUCCUGACCACCCGGGCAUGUCCUCCGAGCAACUGCAGCUGCUACACCACCCCCCCUCGCCCUCCUCCUCCGCCCCCCAAGCAUAUCCUCUCUCUCCCCUCGGCACCCGGGACUCCACGCACGUGCUGCUGGCCACCAGCAUGAGCCCUCGUGCCCACGCCCACACGCGACUCACCUCCCCCCGUGCCCAGGGUAGCCCAGCAGGCAGUGCAGCGUUUGAAGUGGCGGGCAGCACCUCUGACUUGAGUGCAGUGACUCGUGCAGGCAGUGCUGAUGGCAGGGGAACGGGGCUGACAACAUAUGAUGCCGUCGAGAUGGAAGCAAUCUCCAAAGGGGAAAAGCAAGCGCAAGUGUAG